CCUACUGUUGACGAUGUAUUCCUCAGCUUCAGUCAAUUGGUUAGAAAGUUAAUGGGGACAGCUCAGGAACUUCCUCCUAUGGAGACCUACUUUGGUUUUCCGACAAAGAACAAGUUCGUGAGAAUUACUCGUAGUAACACUUUGGUGGACGAUUCUUUGAACCAACUCCUACAGAUUCUUGAAGACAUGCUGAUGCCUGUAACUGAAUAUGUUGAAGGCUUAGGACAAACAUUUCAAAAUCUGUUAAAAGAACAACAGUUUAGAGAAGUAGAUUAUCUCUCAAGAAGAAGUGAUGAUAUUGACAAGCUUAUUGAAAAACUUGAGGAAUUAAAAUCGUACGAAGAUAUGGCAAAGAGUUUACCCGAAAAUAUAUAUUUUGAUACAGGAAGACUGAAUCACACAGAAAUGGUCAACAGUCUAUGUGAAGUGUGCAGUCAUUACAAAGAAGGGAUUGUUUUCGCCAUUGUUGACGUACACAAGAAGAAAUGUAAUGACAUCUGUCUGAGGUUUGAGGAAGUGAUGCACCGGGCUCUGUUUGUCCCCCAGACUACAGAGGAGUUGCUGGCGCAAGGCAAGUAUAUGCUGUGGGCAGCCACCAGCUUCAUGGCUCAGAUGCGCCAGGAGAUUCUUACACUGAUACAGUACGAGGGCAGACUUCUGGACCUGACGCCGUUCUCUACACCUCAUAUUGACCUGGUCACGACCACUGUCAAAUGGCUUCAGAACAUCAAGCCGGUGUUUGACCAGCAUUCGAGCACUUUUGAAGCAACCAAGUUUGAAUUGGAAGACAAACUCCGGGACACGACAGAUAAGUUGAAAAACGAUAUUAACAGUUUUGCUGACACUCUAAUCUUUUUUAACAACAUUGAUGAUACCUCCAAAAUAUUUGAUUAUGUUCAGUUCAUGCAGAAAAAUCUAAGGAUAAUCGAAGGUUUUAUAUCAACAAUAGAAUGGAUUAACAAAGAAGAACAUCUGUUUAACUUUGCAAUUUCCUCUUAUCCUCUUUUAGAGGAAAUAAAGGCUAUCGUUUGCCCGUUUGCCAAAUUAAUAUUCACAUCAUACAAAUGGUACAAUAAGAGCAAACUGUUUAUGGAUGGUGCUUUUGACGAGCUCAUACCUGACCAAGUUGAGAGCUUUGUUGAUGAUAACUAUAAAGAACUUGUUAAGACGCAGAAGAUGUACAAGGCCAAAUGUAAGCUCCAGUCGUCUGAAGACUACUCUAGGAGAUUCAAAGGUAUUGUGGAUGACCCUGAUCAGGAGAAUUGGCCAGCCCCACUCAAGAUAUGUGGCCAAGUGAUCCAAAAUAUCAGAGACUUCAGGCAAUAUCUUCAAGUGGUAGGAAUCAUGUGCAACUCAGCAAUCCGAGACAGACAUUGGCAAGAGAUGUCGUCACUGGCUGGCUUUGACUUAACACCCAACGCGGGAACCACUCUUCGGAAAGUAAUCAACUCCAACCUAGAUCACUUGUUAGACCAAUUUGAAAUAAUCAGUGCCGGAGCCACGAAGAAGAUUCAGUUGCAGGUUAAUCUUGCCAAAAUGAAGACCGAGUGGGAAGGAAUGGUGUUUAGCACCAGUCCUUACAAAGAAACAGAGCUUCACAUUCUGACAGGAUUAGACGAGAUUCAAGCUCUUCUUGACGACCAUCUUAUAAAGGCUUUGUCCAUGCGAGGCUCUGCCUUUGUCAAACCCGUGGAAGCCGAAGUGAAAGAGUGGUAUGCCCUCUUGGACAGGGUGAACAGAACUAUUGAGGAGUGGGGUAAAGUUCAAGUCCAAUGGAUGUAUUUCCGACCCAUAUUCUCCGCUAAGGAUAUCAUUUCUCAGAUGCCAGAAGAAGGAGUUAUGUUUAAGGAAGUUGACACAACAUUUCAAAACCUGAUGAAGCAGACAGUCAGAGAGCCAGAUGUUUUGAAGACAGCUGGAGCUGAAACAUUGUUGGAUACUCUGAAAAAUUGUACAGAACUUUUGGACCAGGUCAACACUGGAGUCAACAACUAUUUGGAGAAAAAGAGAUUGUUUUUCCCACGUCUCUUUUUCUUAUCAAAUGAUGAAAUGCUUGAAAUACUGUCAGAGACUAAAGAUCCAUUAAGAGUUCAACCUCAUUUGAAGAAGUGUUUUGAGGCUAUUGCAAAAUUGGGAUUCGAUCAAGACCUGAACAUAUACUCAAUGUUCAGCUCUGAAGGUGAAGAAGUAAAACUGGUUGAACAAAUAUCAACGGCUGAGGCGAGGGGGUGUGUGGAAAAAUGGUUGAUUCAGGUUGAGGAUCAAAUGGUCCAGUCAGUACGCCAUGAGAUCCAGAAGGCAUUGGAUGCAUAUCCGACCACUCAGCGUACUCUGUGGGUUCAACAAUGGCCGGGUCAGGUGGUUUUGUGCGUAACUCAGACAUUCUGGACAGCUGAUGUCCACGAGAACCUAAACAAGAAGUCGGUCAAUGCUGUCAAGGAGUAUCACAACUUUUUGAAUGAUCAACUCAGUGACACCAUCCAACUAGUGAGAGGAGAGUUGACCAACCAAGCCAGGAUCACUCUGAGAGCUCUGGUAGUGUUGGAUGUUCAUGCCAAGGAUGUGGUUCAGGACCUCGUGGAGAAGAAGGUCACAUCGGAAACUGACUUCCAAUGGCUAGCCCAGCUCAGGUACUACUGGGAGGACGAUACACUGGUCCGAAUCGUCAAUGCGACAGUCCACUACUUCUACGAGUACCUAGGUAACAGCGACCGGCUGGUGAUCACACCUCUGACGGACAGAUGUUACCGCACUCUAGUAGGAGCUUACCACCUGCAUCUCAACGGAGCCCCAGAGGGACCAGCGGGCACUGGCAAGACGGAGACCACCAAGGAUCUGGCCAAGGCUCUCGCUGUUCAGUGUGUUGUGUUCAAUUGCUCUGAUGGAUUGGAUGCACUCGCCAUGGGCAAGUUUUUCAAAGGACUAGCAUCAUCUGGGGCUUGGGCGUGUUUCGACGAGUUCAACAGAAUAGAGGUAGAAGUGUUGUCGGUUGUGGCCCAACAGAUCCUGUGCAUUGUUCAGGCAGUCAGAAACAAAAUGGAGAAGUUCAUGUUUGAAGGUACUGAGUUGACGUUGAAUCCUGCCUGUUAUGUUUGUAUAACAAUGAACCCUGGGUAUGCCGGCCGCUCUGAGCUCCCAGACAAUCUGAAGGUACUUUUCCGCACUGUUGCGAUGAUGGUGCCAGACUAUGCCAUGAUUGGAGAGAUCUCUUUGUAUUCCACUGGGUUCAUCGAUGCUCGUAAACUUUCCGUCAAGAUAGUGACCACUUACAGGCUGUGCUCGGAGCAGCUGUCUUCACAGUCACAUUACGACUAUGGAAUGAGAGCUGUGAAGACAGUACUCACUGCUGCGGGAAAUUUGAAACUAAAAUACCCAGAUGAGUCUGAAGACGUUUUGAUUUUGCGUUCAAUCAUGGAUGUAAACUUGGCUAAGUUCUUGAACCAAGAUGUUCCACUUUUCGAAGGCAUUGUUUCUGAUUUAUUUAUUGGAAUCAAACUUCCUACUCCUGAUUACAACAAAUUUAUCUCUGCAAUGAAGAAGGUGUGUCAACAGAGGCAUUUACAGCUGAGGGAUUCUUUCAAGACAAAAAUAAUUCAAACUUAUGAAAUGAUGAUUGUACGCCAUGGGUUUAUGCUGGUUGGGAACCCGUUUGCCGGUAAAACAUCAACACUUCAUGUUCUAGCCGACGCUAUGACAUUGUUGAAUGAACAAGGUGUGAAAGGCGAAGAGAAGACAUAUUUCACCACCAUGAACCCCAAAGCUAUAACCAUGGGUCAGCUUUACGGCCAGUUCGAUCCCGUGUCCCACGAGUGGUCCGAUGGAGUCAUAGCUAAGGCUUUCAGGGAGUAUGCAAUGUCCGAGACCAGUGAUCGCAAGUGGGUGAUUUUUGAUGGACCAGUUGAUGCAGUUUGGAUCGAAAACAUGAACACAGUUCUCGACGACAACAAAAAACUGUGUUUGAACUCUGGAGAGGUCAUUAGCAUGACAUCUUCAAUGUCGAUGAUCUUUGAAGUUAUGGACUUACUUCAGGCGUCGCCAGCCACUGUCUCACGGUGUGGAAUGAUCUACAUGGAGCCUGCUACGCUGGGUUGGCGGCCACUGGUGGAGUCGUGGGUUGAGACGGCUCCUAGAGAAUGGGCAGAACCUCACGCCCACAACCUGCUGGGAACAUUGGACUGGAUCUUGCCACCCCUGCUGCAGUUCGUCAGGAGAAACUGCACCUAUCUUGCUACUGCGGGCGAAUCAAACAUCGUCAGGACCACAAUCAACCUAGUGGAGAUGCUGAUGAGGGAUGCAUGUGCUACAAAUGAGCAUCACACACACAUGCUAGUGUGGCUGCAGGCCUCGCUGUUGUUCGCUGGAGUGUGGGGUGUCGGAGGCGCGCUCAACACUGCCUCCGCGGAGCUGUUUGAUACCUACUACAGAGACCUGUGGCGGGGGAACAACCCUGAUCACCCAGUCCCGGACACGAUAGAUCACAUAGAUAUACCAAUCCCUACCGAGGGCUUGCUUCAUGACUACUACUACGCUUAUCAGGGCAAAGGGGCUUGGAAGUACUGGCCUGAACUGUUGAGGGGGAUGAAGUUAGAAGAGACAAUCAACAUUCAGCAGACUUUGGUGCCGACAGUGGAUACGGCGAAAUAUUUUCAUGUGUUGGAGAUGCACAUACGACACAAAGUUCCUACGUUGUUAGUCGGAGCGUCAGGAACAGGCAAGAGUUUCUACAUGCAGAAACUUCUCAUGCAUCAACUGGACUUGGACAGAUUCUCUCCAGCCUUUCUCACCUUCACAGCUAGCAUAUCAGCCAAUCUGACCCAGGAUUUGAUAAUUUCCAAGCUACAAAAGCGGAAACGUGGCGUUUACGGGCCAGAAAAGGGCAAGCUUGCUGUGAUUUUUGUUGAUGACAUGAACAUGCCUGCCAAGGAGCAGUAUGGGGCGCAACCUCCCAUUGAACUCUUGCGACAGUACUUUGAUCAUGGCCACUGGUAUGACUUGAAGGACACCACCAAGUUGUACAUAGAGGACCUUCUGGUGCUGACAGCUAUGGGCCCUCCUGGCGGCAGCAGACAAGAUGUCUACGCAAGGUUCCUCCGCCAUUUUGACAUUUUUGGUAUCAACAGCUUUUCUGAUGAGAGCAUGACAAGGAUAUUUUCUACACUCCUGUUCAUCGGCCUGAAGCGCAACGGUUUUCCGUCAGAUGUGAUGAUGACAAUCAACCAAAUUGUAGCGGCAACACUGGAUAUCUACCACAAGAUCAGUGCUACACUGCUGCCAACCCCGGCCAAAUCUCACUACAGCUUUAGCAUGCGGGAUCUCGCACGGGUCAUCAACGGACAUCUACUGGUCAAAAAGGAGUCGGUGGAGGAUAAGAAAAUAUUUGUCAAGUUAUGGACCCAUGAGAUUAUGAGGGUGUUCUACGACCGCCUCAUUGACCAGAGUGAUCGAGAAUGGCUGUUUGGAGCCAUAAAAAAUGCAACCCGAGAACAUUUCAAAGAGAAUUUUGAUUUGAUCAUGGCUAAUGUCAUUCAAGAUAGGGAACGCAAAAGUGUUGUAGAUGCAGAUCUCCAACAUUUGCUGUUCUCUACAGCUCUUGAUGUAGAUGCUGAGGAAGAUCGGAAGUACGAGGAGUUGACGUUAGAUCAGCUGAGAGAUGCCGCGGUGUUGAUUCUUGAUGAAUACAACGCAACUCAUAAACAGAAGAUGGACAUCGUGCUGUUCAGGUAUGCUCUAGAGCACCUGUCCCGUAUCUGCCGCCUGUUGUCUAUCCCAGGCGGGUGUGCGUUGCUGGUAGGUGUCAGUGGAUCUGGUCGUCAGACUCUUACUCGCCUUGCCGCAGCCAUCUGCAACUUUAACGUUUUCCAGCCUGAAAUCACUAAAAACUAUGGCUUCAAUGAUUGGCGAGAUGACUUAAAAACUGUAAUGAAAGAAGCUGGAGGAAGAAACAAGCCGACUGUCUUCUUGUUUACCGAGGGACAGAUCAAAGAAGAAUACUUCCUCCAAGAUAUUGAUUCUUUACUCAACUCUGGGGAAGUGCCGAAUAUAUUUCCAAUUGAUGAGGUUCAGGAGAUUUUAGAGAUGGUUCGUUUAGCAGCCCAAGGUGGCAACAGACAUCUUGAUGUCAACCCUCUUGCAGUUUAUUCUUUCUUCACCAACCGCUGCAAAUCUAAUCUUCACAUCGUUCUGUGCUUCAGUCCGAUCGGAUCGGCCUUCAGGCUUCGACUUCGGCUUUACCCGUCUUUAGUCAACUGUUGUACAAUCGACUGGUUUGAGGCGUGGCCGGAAGAUGCUUUGGAAAAAGUCGCAAACCGCUACCUGAUGGAGGUUUCUGUAGACGACCAUGUCAAAGAAGCUGCUGUUUUCGUCUGCAAACACUUCCAUGUCACUGCCAGAAACAUGAGUGAAGAAUUUUUCAAGGCCACUGGUAGAAAAACAUACAUAACUUCAGGAUCUUAUCUUAAUCUCAUAAGGCUGUAUAGUUCCCUCGUGACGGAAAAACAGAAUGAAGUAAUGUCAGCUAAAAUGAGGUAUGUUGGAGGCUUGGAUCAGCUGGAGUUUGCUGCAUCUCAGGUUGCAGUGAUGCAAAAAGAGCUGGAAGCAAAACAACCGCUGUUGAAGAAAGCAGCCGUGGAGACAGCGAAGAUGAUGAAAGUGAUAGAACAAGAGACGGAGCAGGUGGAGAAGAAGAAGGCGGUGGUGAAGGUGGACGAGGAAGCGGCUCAGGCUCAGGCGCAGGCGGCAACAGCUCUCAAGGCAGAGUGUGAGGCAGACCUAGCCGAGGCCUUGCCUAUAUUGGAGGACGCUCUGGCAGCACUGGACACUCUAAAGCCAGCUGAUAUAACUCUGGUGAAGGCUAUGAAGAACCCUCCUGAGAUGGUUAAGCUGGUCAUGGCGUCUGUGUGUGUCAUGAAGGGUAUCAAGCCAGACAGGGUACCAGAUCCUAAGAGGCCUGGCAGAAUGAUGAUGGACUACUGGGCUCCCAGCAAGCGUUUGCUCGGAGACAUGGGGUUCUUACAAGGGUUGAAGGACUACGACAAGGACAACAUCCCCAAUGAAACAAUUGCUGUUAUCAGAAGAGACUACUUGUCCAAUCCAUUGUUCAGGCCGGAGGUUGUGGCUAAAGCGUCCAGCGCUGCGGAGGGAUUGUGCAAAUGGAUCAUUGCGCUCAGCAAGUACGACAUCACGGCUAAGAUUGUCGGACCUAAAAAAAUUAAACUAGAAGCAGCCGAAAAGGAAUUUGCAGCGACUAUGGCAAUUCUUGAGCAAAAACUGUCUGAAGUCCGAGCUCUGGAAGAAAAGCUCAGCAACCUGAAUCAGAAGUUUGAGAAAACACUUGAAGAGAAACAGAAGCUAGAAGACGAAGUACAACUCUGCUCUGAUAAGCUGAUACAAGCAGAAAAAUUAAUUGGUGGCCUUGGAGGAGAAAAGACCAGGUGGAACCAAGAAGCUGAAAAGUUACAAGUAGCUUACGACUGUCUACCAGGAGAUGUCCUUAUCUCCAGCGGUGUCAUUGCUUAUCUGUCUUUCUUUACAGCUGCUUACAGACAAACCUUGGUUGAUGAUUGGAAAAAACUGUGUGACCUGCAGAAAAUACCUAACUCGCCUGUUUAUAACCUCACUCAAAUAUUAGGGUCUGACAUUAAAAUUCAAAAUUGGAACAUUUUUGGUUUGCCACGAGAUGUUUUUUCCAUUGAGAAUGCUGUUAUUCUCGAUUCUACAAAUAGAUGGUCACUACUGAUAGACCCUCAGGGGCAAGCCAACAAAUGGAUAAAGUCGAUGGAGAAAUACAACGAACUAGAGGUGGUUAGACUGACUGACGGAAAAUACAUGAAGAAACUAGAGACUUGCCUGGAGUUCGGGAUGCCAGCUCUGGUAGAGGAUGUUGGUGAGGACCUGGACCCUCCACUCGACCCAAUACUGCUCAAACAGACCUUCAGGCAAGGUAACACUGAAUAUAUUAGCUUGGGAGACAACGUUAUUGAAUACAACAAAAACUUCCGCAUCUACAUAACCACCAAGUUGAGAAAUCCACACUAUUUGCCAGAAGUUUGCAACAAAGUGACCUUGAUCAACUUUGCCCUGACUGUGGAGGGGUUGGAAGAUCAGCUGUUGGGAAUAGUUGUUGCUAAAGAAAGACCUGACUUGGAAGACAAAAGGCAAAAUUUGAUUGUUGAAAGUGCAAAUAAUAAAAAGACACUCAAAGAAACUGAAGAUAGGAUUCUGUAUAUAUUGACAUCUUCAGCUGGGACAAUUUUGGAAGACAAAUCUGCUAUUGAAGUCCUUGAUUCAUCAAAGGCUCUCUCCGUAGACAUCCAGGAGAAGCAGAAGACAUCUGUGGAGACUGGGAGGAUCAUAGAGGAGUUUAGACAAGGAUACCGACCAGUGGCUCAACACUCGGCCAUCUUGUACUACUGCAUCACCGAUCUGCCCAAUGUUGACCCAAUGUACCAGUACUCGCUCACUUGGUUCAUCAAUAUCUACAUCAUGUCUAUUGAGAGUGCGAACGAGUCCAAAGUGCUGUCCAAGAGAUUGGAGUUUCUGAAGGACAAGUUCACUCACAACCUCUACACUAAUGUUUGUCGCUCUCUGUUUGAAAAGGACAAGAUUCUGUUUUCUUUUGUAUUGUGCACCAGUAUCAUGAUUGCAGAAGGGAAACUUCUCAAAAGUGAACUGAACUUCCUACUGACGGGAGGAGUUGGUUUGGAAAACCCUUUACUCAACCCAGCUUCGGCAUGGCUUGUUGACAAAUCGUGGGACGAAGUUUGUCGUGUGUCAAGCCUUGCUGCUUUCAAAGGGUUUAAGGAAAGUUUUACCGCAAACCUCCCUGCGUGGAAAAAGCUGUAUGAUUCCGCUGAACCUCACCUUGAACCUCUUCCUUCUCCCUGGGAUUCCUCCCUGAACCUCUUCCACAAACUGAUUGUCAUCAGGAUGAUCAGACCUGAUAAGGUGGUGCCCCUGUUGAUACGAUGUGUAGAAGAAGAGAUCGGACCGAGGUUCGUACAGCCGCCUCCGUUUGACAUUGCCAAAUCCUACAGUGACUCCAACUGUCUUUCGCCUCUUAUCUUCAUCCUCUCCCCGGGCGUCGACCCUAUUGCAGGACUCAUGCAGUUUGCCGCAAAGAAAGGUUUCGGGGCAAAGUUUCAGUCGAUUUCUCUUGGACAAGGACAGGGCCCGAUAGCAGCUGGGCUGAUCCACACGGCACAGAAGGACGGGGGAUGGGUCUGUCUGCAGAACUGUCAUCUGGCCGUGUCUUGGAUGUCUGCUCUGGAUCAUAUCUGUGAGAGUCUGGACAUCUCCAAUACAUCUCAGGACUUCCGGCUGUGGCUCACCAGCUAUCCCACUGAUAAGUUUCCACCUUCCAUUCUGCAAAAUGGAGUCAAGAUGACAAACGAGGCGCCAACAGGGCUGAAACUCAACAUGUUGCGCAGCUACACGUCCGAUCCUGUCAGGGACAUGACAUUCUUCCAUGGCUGCCCUGGCAAGGACAAGAUGUUUUCUAGGCUGCUCUACGGAAUUACGUUCUUCCAUGCUGUUGUUCAAGAACGUAGAAAGUUUGGUCCUAUUGGGUGGAACAUUCCUUACGAGUUUAAUGAGUCUGACUAUCUAAUUUCCAUCCAGCAAUUACAGAUGUUCAUCAAUGAGUACGAGGAUGUGCCGUUUGCCGCCAUCUUGUACAUGACGGGUGAGUGUAACUACGGUGGUCGUGUGACGGACGCUUGGGACCGUCGAGCUCUUAACACCAUCCUGCUUGACUACUGCAAUACCCAGGUUAUAUCCUCGACCAACUAUCGCUUUAGCGACAUCAUCAACAAGUACGCUGUGCCUGAGCGCUUUGAAUACUCCAACUUCAUUGAUGCUAUACAAGAGCUACCAACGAUGCCCACUCCAGGUGUGUUUGGGCUUCACUGGAACGCAGGCAUCACUCGAGACCUGCAGAGCACCAAGAGUUUGUUCAACACAAUGCUACAGCUACAGGGAGGAGUGUCUUCUGGUGAUUCUGGUGCUCAAGACACAAUACUCUAUGACAUGGCUAAGGACAUCCUCAGUAAGCUACCAGCAAAUUUUGACCUAGAGAAGGCCAUGGCCCGGUACCCAGUGGAGUACACGGAGUCUAUGAACACAGUGCUGGUCCAGGAGCUGGAGCGGUUUAACCGACUGCUGUCCAAUAUUCGCUCCAGCCUCCAGAAUCUCCAGAAGGCUAUCCGAGGCUCCAUUGCCAUGACUCCGGAGUUGGAGGCAGUGUGUCUGGCUCUAAUGGUAUCCAAAGUGCCUGCCUCGUGGCUCAAAGUGUCUUAUCCCAGCCUCAAACCACUCGGCACUUACGUAGCCGACUUUCUGGAGCGUUUGAACUUCAUGCAGGUCUGGUUUGACCAAGGGAAGCCUGUAAACUUUUGGAUAUCUGGAUUUUUCUUUACCCAAGCUUUCUUGACUGGUGCCAUGCAAAAUUUUGCUCGUCGCUACAAACUGCCGAUUGAUCAGUUAGUUUACGACUUUGAACUAAUGUCCGCCGAUCGUAUGAAAAUGGCUCCAUCUGACGGAGUCUAUGUUUAUGGCCUGUUCCUAGAGGGUGCUCGCUGGGAUAGAGAAAAGCACCGUUUAGAUGAACAGUUACCAAAGGUCCUCUACGACCCGAUGCCCUCGGUCUGGUUCCGGCCGAUGAUGCAGUCGCAGCUGAACGAAGGAGCUCGCUAUAAGUGUCCAUUGUACAAAACUACCGAGAGGCGAGGCGUACUACUCACCACCGGACACUCUACCAACUUUGUCCUUCCGAUCUUCCUACCCUCGGACAAACCUGCGACUCAUUGGAUCAAGCGAGGAGUCGCUUUACUGUGUCAGCUGACUGAUUGAUUGGUUUCAGAUUUCAGGAUACGACUAACGCAAGUAUUAUUAAUUUUGGUAAUACUGUGCAGGGGAAAUUAUGUUUUUGUCAUUGUCAUUGUUAUUGAUAACAAAGUAAGAAUGUGGUUAGGGAGUGAUUUUGAUUGGAAUCCCUUUUAAAAUUAUUUUAGGUGAGAGUAAUUGAAAAUAUAAAUUGUGUGAACAGUAAUUAAUUGUAAAAAUAAAUACUAAUAUGUAGCUUUUUG